AUGGAAGGCGAAGUCAAAGCCACAGGGUGGCAACUAUCUACAAGACCUUGUUGGAGGAAGGACUACGAGGGGGCAACUAUUUGCAACACCUUGUUGGAGGAAAGACUACGACGGGGCAACUAUUUGCGAUACCUUGUCGGAGAAAAGACUACGACGGGGCAACUAUUUGCGACACCUUGUUGGAGGAAAGACUAUAGCGGUGCAACUAUUUGCAACACCUUGUCGGAGAAAAGACUAUGGCAGGGAAACUAUUUGCGACACCUUGCCGCGGGACAGAGGAUGGAAGGUGAAGUCAAAGGCACGGGGUGGCAACUAUUUGCAACACCUUGUCGGAGAAAAGACUAUGGCGGGGCGACUAUUUGCGACACCUUGUCGGAGGAAAGACUAUGGCGGGGCAACCAUUUGCGACACCUUGCCGCGGGAAAGACUAUGGCGGGGCGACUAUCUGCAAGACUUUGUCGGAGAAAAGACUAUAGCGGUGCAACUAUUUGCAACACCUUGUCGGAGGAAAGACUAUGGCGGGGCAACCAUUUGCGACACCUUGCCGCGGGAAAGACUAUGGCGGGGCGACUAUUUGCGACACCUUGUCGGAGGAAAGACUAUGGCGGGGCAACCAUUUGCGACACCUUGCCGCGGGAAAGACUAUGGCGGGGCGACUAUCUGCAAGACUUUGUCGGAGAAAAGACUAUAGCGGUGCAACUAUUUGCAACACCUUGUCGGAGGAAAGACUAUGGCGGGGCAACCAUUUGCGACACCUUGCCGGAGGAAAGACUAUGGCGGGGCGACUAUUUGCGACACCUUGUCGGAGGAAAGACUAUGGCGGGGCAACCAUUUGCGACACCUUGCCGCGGGAAAGACUAUGGCGGGGCGACUAUCUGCAAGACUUUGUCGGAGAAAAGACUAUAG